GAGAAUAACAGAUGUACCACUUUACAUGAAAAAAUUCACAUUUAACAUUUAUACAAUUUGGAAAUUUGGUUACCCUAAUAUUAAGCCGCUUUUUUGAAGCAAAAACUUAAUCAGAAAAGUGGAUAUUGAGUUGCAAUCGCAAUCAUCGCGUCAAACACCCUUUUGUAUCUGAAAAACCUAAGGUGAAAAGCUCUACUCACGUAUUAUGAAAAGGAAAAGAAGGGGGGUUCAUGGUAGUGGAAACGAAAAUCUUCCUACCAGUUCUACUUAUAGUAGACAAAUAAGUCCUGCAGGCUUACAGAACCAAGCUAUACCACUUCGUGAUUGCUCGGAUUUUACUGUGCCAUUGACAUCUGUUUUUAAUAGGGUUUACCAGACCAUCGGAUUCUCACCAUCUACAACUACCUUUGACCCAUUACAUGCUGCACAGGGUAGUAGUUCGACUUCAGCUCACACACCAUCUACUGCUCCAGUUCGUUUGUUUGGUAAGCCUGCUGUUUAUAAAUACUAUUUCCCAAUCUAUUACUUUUCUCAUCACAUCAUCACCUGUUCUAACAUGAAAAUAUGUUAUUGCUGUGAUAUCUUCUGAGGUGUGGAUUUGACUCUAAACCAACCAUCAUGUUCAACAGUUCAUAGAAGUUGUCUGACUAAUGCGAACUGUGAGUUAAACAAAACUGUAUAUUGUUCGUAAUAUGUACAUGUUUACUUAAAAGAUCAUCUGUUACUAUUUUGUAGUGUCAUUCCGUCCAAACUGUACUAGAUCCAAAACACCUCUAUCCCAGAAUAGAAAGAGAAGAAGAAAGCCCCCACGUUCUGUCUUGGAUGAUAUUACUAAUAUUUCACAUUCUUUAUCUAAUGGAAACGAAGAAACAACAACAAACAUACAUCGUGAUAUCAAUCAAGAGGAUGAUGAACUGCUUGACGAUGAUUUUGUUGGAGGUACUAAUCCCUACGUGUAUAAUCUGCAAAUUAGUUAUAUUGCUAAGUUUUUUUUCUUAUGGCCUUUGUUUUAGGUAUCUCUCAUUAUGAAGGCGAGCUUGAUUUCGAUUUUAGUUCUCAAGAAAGUUCAGACUCUGAACUUGAAGCGGACAAUGUAGAGGUUCAUGCUACACCAGCCAAUGAUCAGAUACGCCAGGUUCAUGCUACACCAGCCACUGAUCCGUAUCGCCCCCCCCCCCCCACCAUUUUGUAUGAAAUCAAUUUUGGAACGCUGCCAAAAUCGUGAACGGAGGUCAACUAAGGUUCUAACUAAACGAAAAGAAGAAGGUUAUUUCAUGUCUAUUUUUACAACUUUUUUAGUAUCCUGAAUUUGGCAAAAAAUUCAAUUGCUUAUACUGCUCAUUUGAUUUCACCUGAGUAGAGUAUCUUGAUGAGGGUGAUCCAGAUUACUCAUGCUCUCAUUGUGGUGCUAUUAUGUGGUUUGACGAAAGGUUAAACAGACGUAGAAAUGCUUCAAAGCCUACAUUUUCACUAUGUUGUUUGCAAGGUCAAGUUCAGUUGCCAUUACUAAAAAAACCACCAUUGGUGCUGAAAAAGCUGAUGGACAGAGAUGACAUACUAAGCAAGCAUUUCCAGAAGAAUAUGAGGCCUUAUAACAUGGCUUUCUCAUUUACUUCCCUUGGGGAAAAAGUUGAAAGAUCAGUUCAGAAGGGCAUAGGACCUUCUAUGUUUCAGCUUCAAGGAGAAAAUUAUCAUCUAAUGGGAAGUCUACAACCAAAUGAUGGAAAUGAAGCCAAGUUUGGUCAGCUAUAUAUAGUAGACACUGAACAUGAAGUUGAAAAUAGAGUGAACUGUUUGAGCAAAGGAAAAGGAAAUUUCAAAACAAAGAAGAAAGAUAGGCUUAAGGAGGAGAUUAUUGACAUGUUGAUGAAGAUGUUGAAUGAAGUUAAUCCUUAUGUGAAGCAGUUCAGAUCAGCUAAAGAUCGAUUUAGGACAGAUCCUAAUGAUGCGUUUCACAUGCGUAUUGUGAGUGAUCGCUUACAGGAUGGAAGAACUUAUAAUACUCCCACGGCUACUGAAGUUGCCGCACUCAUUCCUGGUGAUUUUAAUCUAGAUAUGAAUAACAGAGAUAUUGUUCUUCAGCAACAAUCAGGAAAGCUUCUAAGGAUAAACGAGAUUCAUGCUUCUUACCUUGCACUGCAGUAUCCUCUAUUGUUUACUUAUGGAGAAGACGGAUUCAGACUGGGUAUUAAAAAAGGUGUCACAGCAGCAACAAAAAAACUAAAGAAGCCUAAUAUCAGUAUGAGACAAUUCUUUGCUUAUCGUCUUCAUGAGCGUAAGAAUGAGUCCCACUGUCUCUUACAUUCUAGGCGACUCUUUCAGCAAUUCAUCGUUGAUGCCUUUACAACUAUUGAGUCAAACCGCUUACGAUAUUUGAAGUUCAACCAGUCUACUCUACGGUCUGAUAGUUAUGAUUCUAUAAAGGAGUCUGAAAAUGCUGGAAGGAUUGAUAUGCAUGAGCAAGGGACAGAAUUCAUAUUGCCAGCUUCUUUUGUUGGGAGUCCUAGAUAUAUGAAAAAUAACUACUUGGAUGCUAUGACAAUAUGUAAGCAUUUUGAAUUUUCGGAUCUAUUCAUUACUUUUACCUGCAAUCCCAAAUGGCCAGAGAUCACAAGGUAUCUGAAGAAAAGGAAUUUAAAAACGGAGGACAGACCGGACAUUAUUUGUAGGCUAUUCAAGAUGAAACUUGAAUCAUUGAUGGACGAUUUGACCAAAAAGAAUAUGCUUGGGCAGACUGUGGCAUCAAUGUAUACUAUCGAGUUUCAAAAACGUGGCUUACCCCAUGCCCAUAUUUUCUUAUUUCUCCACCCCACCAGCAAGCUUCCAAACACAGACGACAUUGACAAGAUUAUAUCUGCAGAAGUACCUAACAAGGUGGAGGAACCAGAACUCUAUGAUGUGAUUAAAGAUAUGAUGAUUCAUGGUCCUUGUGGAGCUGCUAACAUGAAUUCUCCAUGUAUGGAGAAUGGAUUGUGUUCAAAGUCAUAUCCAAAAGCAUUUGCUGUGAAAACUACAAUUAAUAAAGAAGGGUUUCCUAUUUACAGAAGGCGUGAGCAAUCAGAGAGUUUUGUUGAGAAGAAUGGGGUUAGAUGUGAUAACCGAUAUGUUAUUCCUUACAACAAAAAGCUAUCUCUUCGUUAUAGAGCUCACAUUAAUGUAGAGUGGUGCAACCAAGCUGGCUCUAUUAAGUACUUAUUUAAGUACAUUAAUAAAGGACAGGAUCGUGUAACAGUUGCUGUUGAACCUCCUGCUCAUAUCGUAGACAGCAUAUUGGCAAAUGCACCUGUCCAGCCUCCUGCCAGUAUGGAUUCAAAUAUGACUUCAAAUGCCGCCGGAAAUAUUGUUGAUGGCACUGAAGGAAGUCUUGAGAAGAAGAAGAAUGAAAUCAAGGACUUUUUUGAUUGCAGGUACAUUCUAUAUUCAAAAAGCAGAUAUGUUUCUGCUUGUGAAGGGACUUGGAGAAUUUUCAAGUUUCCAAUUCACUUUAGGUCUAUAUCAGUUGAGAAGCUGAGUUUUCAUCUACCCGGUAAACAAAUAGUUUUCUUCAAGGGGAAGGAUAAACUGAAAGCUGUUGUCACUCGAAAACUCAUCGAGAAUACAAUGUUCCUAGCAUGGUUUGAGCUGAAUAAGAUUGAUGAUCUUGCGAAAACUCUGACCUAUGCGCAGAUACCUAACUUCUUUACAUAUAACAAGAAGCAGAAGAAGUGGAUCAGGCGAAAAAGAGGUUUUAGCAUUGGGAGGAUUAACUAUGCUCCGCGGAAACAGGAAGAUGCUUACUUUUUGCAUGUGUUGUUGAACAUCGUUAAAGGUCCAACCAGUUACGAAGACUUUAAAACAUAUGAUGGUGUUCUUUACCCUAGCUACAAGGCAGCAUGUUUUGCUCGUGGGUUACUAGAUGAUGAUCAAGAGUACAUAGAUGAUAUUUUAAGGAGAAGUUAUGAAAGCACAGCAAGUGAACUGCGACAAUUUUUUGUUAUGAUGCUGAUGAAUGACAGUUUAUCUAUGCCAGAGGUUGUUUGGGAACGUACAUGGGAGUGCCUUUCAGAAGAUAUUGAGUAUAACCGAAGAAAAUACUUCAAACGACCAGGUAAUAUUUUUUUUUUGACGAAGAUAAAAAAAAAAUAUGCCUUUCAAAAGAUUGACAAUCUUUUGAGGCGUAAUGGUACUUAUUUGGGAAAAUUCGAGACUAUGCCAAAACUGCCAAAGACAAGGACCCAGGAUUCAAAUGUCCUGAUACUGGAUGAGAGAAACUAUUCACCUGAGUUGCUGCUACAAACUCUUGAUCAAGACUGCCGUAAAAUGACAGACGAGCAAAAAAAAGUGUAUGAUGAGAUACUUUCGGCUGUGGAUGAUGGAAUUGGUGGAAUGUUCUUUCUUGAUGGAUUUGGUGGUACUGGAAAAACAUUUCUCUGGAAAUUACUUUCUGCAACUAUUAGAAGUCGAGGUGAUAUUGUGUUAAAUGUUGCAUCCAGUGGCAUUGCUUCGUUGUUGUUGCAAGGUGGUAGGACAGCUCAUUCAAGAUUUGGGAUUCCACUAAAUCCCGAUGAAUUUUCUUCGUGUACUAUAUCGCAUGGAUCUGAUCAGGCUAAUUUAGUGAAGGAGUCUUCACUCAUUAUAUGGGACGAAGCACCAAUGAUGAGCAAGUUUUGUUUUGAAGCACUUGAUAGAAGCUUGUCUGAUAUCUUGGGCAACAAUAGUGUCAAUCCUUUUGGUGGAAAAGUAAUUGUUUUUGGGGGUGAUUUUAGGCAGGUUCUCCCUGUAAUUAAUGGAGCUGGAAGGGCCAAAAUUGUGUUGGCGGCGCUGAAUUCAUCAUAUCUUUGGGAACACUGCAAAGUGCUUAAACUCACAAAGAAUAUGCGAUUGUUAUCAGAUUGUUUGUCAGUUGAAGAAGCAAAGGAUCUUAAGGAGUUUUCAGAGUGGAUACUGAAAAUUGGGGAUGGAAAAGUUAACGAGCCUAAUGAUGGCGAAGCAGAGAUUGAAAUUCCUUCUCAGUUUUUGAUUACUAACGCGGACGAACCUAUAGAAGCAAUCAGCAAAGCUGUGUACGGUGAUUCUAUUUCCCUUCAAGAAAACAAGGACCCUAAGUUUUUCCAAGAAAGAGCUAUAUUGUGUCCAACAAAUGAGGAUGUUAAUAUGAUUAACGAGUACAUGCUGGAUAGACUUGCUGGUGAUGAGAAGAUUUAUAUUAGUGCUGAUAGUAUAGAUCCAUCAGAUAAAAUUUCUGUUAACAAUGAAGCAUUGGGUCCAGACUUCCUUAACACUAUCAAAGUUUCUGGUUUGCCAAACCAUAGCCUUAGACUCAAGGUUGGUUGUCCUGUGAUGGUUUUAAGAAACAUUGAUCCGUCUGCUGGUUUAAUGAAUGGAACAAGACUUCAGAUCACUGAACUAAUGGAUUUUAUGGUUCGAGCAAAGAUUAUAACUGGAGAAAAGUUGGGGCGGACAGUUGAUAUCCCUAGGUUGUCAAUAACACCAUCAGACACAAGAUUACCAUUUAAGAUGCGUAGAAGGCAAUUACCCUUGGCUGUGGCGUUUGCAAUUACUAUAAAUAAAAGUCAAGGUCAAUCAUUAUCUGAAGUUGGUAUCUUUCUCCCAAGACCCGUGUUUUCACAUGGACAGCUCUAUGUUGGUAUUUCAUGGGUUACAUCUAAAAACGGUUUGAAGAUAUUGAUUGUGGACAAAGAUGGGAAACCUCAGACCAAAACUAUGAAUGUUAUGUUCAAAGAGAUAUUCAACAAUCUCUGACAUAUUCAGUGAUCAGGUAUGUGAUUUCCAUCUACUUGCGUGAUUGAGUGAGAAAGUUUUUUUAAAUAGUUUAUCUAUUCUUAUCAUGAUUCAGACACACAUGGAAUUCAAGAAGACUGGUUGAGAAGAUUGCCGUUCUAGACUCAUCAGUGUUUUGACGUUGUUUUGUUUUACAGAAGAUAAUUCUCAAGAUUAUGCUUUUUUUUUGUUUCAAGAUUUUUUUUUUUUGUAUUUCGUAUUGUUACAUAAACAAUUAUUCGCAAGAAUCCUUAAAUUCAUUAUUAUUCAACCGUGACUAUACCGUAAACUAAAAUAUAUCGAAACAGUGUCUUUUCUAAUCCUAUAUGACCAAAUUUUUCAUGUAAAGUGAUACCAAUGACAUGUUCUGUUACCAAUAACUUCAAUCAAAAUUCUUCAAACAAUCUCCAGUUACCCUCCUAACUACCAUUUUUCAGUUCCAAGCCUAAUUACUAUAGUGUUAAGCUAUUAAAAAU